AUGGACUCGCACUGCGACUGUGCCGAGCCUCCGGCCGCCGAGCAGCCGUCGGGGAAGAUUAACAAAACCGCCUUCAAACUGUUCAAGAGGAGGAAAUCCGGGGGCACCAUGCCGAGCAUCUUCGGGGUGAGGAGCAAAGGCGGGGAGGGGAAAGGAGCCAGCAAAGCGGGGAUGGUGCGGAGCCGGACGCACGACGGCUUGGCCGACGCCGUGCUGGAGAGCAGCAGAAAGGAGGAACCGGUCGGCGGCGACCCGCAGAGCAGGGAGGCGGGGGGCCGGCCGGGCGGUAGCCUCGGCGUCUCCCCCGGCAGCUCGGUGGCCAAGUCGCACAGCUUCUUCUCCCUGCUGAGGAAGAACGGCAGGCCCGAGAACGGCAAGGCUGAGAGCGCGGAUCAGCGGGCUGGCGGCAGACAAAAGAAGGGGCUGAAAGGCAUCUUCAGCAGCAUGCGAUGGCAUAGAAAAGACAAAAAUGGCAAGGAGGAGAGGGGGGAAAACUCGGACAUCCCGUCCGGUCUUAUUAUGCCCGGGUCUUUGACUGCCAGCCUGGAGUGCAUCAAAGAGGAGACGCCAAAACCUUUGUCUGAAACUCCGAACAGCGCGGGAGAGAAGGGGCUGGAACCGCCGGCAGAGCAGCGCAGCGGCGGGGCGCAGGCCACCGCUGAGGAACCCGAAGCGGGAGGUGGGAAGUCGCGGGAGAGCAGCCCCCCGCCUGGGGAGGACCCUGCCACCGCUGCAGGGCCACCCGAGGAGCUCAGCCACGAGCGACUGGAGCCGGGUGCCGGAGAGGUUGGGACUGCGAAGGAUGCGGCCAUAACAGGCUGUGGAGAUAUUAUUGCGGACCAUGAGGAGGAUGUGGGCGGCGGGAGUGGCGGCUGCGAGAAGAGCACCCUCGGGGCCAGCAAGCUGGUUGCCUCCAAAAAGCACCCCACCAUGGUGGCCUACCAGGGAGGAGGGGAGGAGAUGGCCAGCCCCGACCAGGUGGACGACACCUGCCUGCAGGAGUUCUGGGAUAUGCUGUCACAGACAGAGGAGACCCAGACGGAAGGACGAGGAGGGACAAAGAAGCUGGAGGGGCUAAAGGAGAACUUAGGUACCGAGGGGAUCCAGAACAGGGUGUCAGUGAAACGUGGUGGCCUCCACCAGAUCCCCGUUCACCUCAGCCACAAAGAGGAGCAGAAGGGCAGGGAGAAGGAGCAGCACGAAGGAGUCCCGAACAGCGAUGAGGGCUACUGGGAUUCCACCACCCCUGGUCCUGAGGAAGAUGGAUCCACGAGCAUCCAGAAGGAGACCCUUCCCAGGGACAGCUAUAGUGGGGAUGCUCUCUAUGACCUCUAUGCUGAGCCAGAUGAGAACCCACCAGCAGGGCCUACGGAUGAAGAGGUCACCUGCAUGCCACGCUCUAAGCCUGUGUCUCCAGUGACAACCACGUGCUCACUGAAAACACCCUCAAGCACAAUGAAGGACUCCAAGAUACCUAUCAGCAUUAAACACCUUUCGUCACAUCCUUCCAGCCAUGGAGCAGACACCAGUAACACCCAUCAUGUUGCACACCACCACCUGGCCAAAAGUGAGCUGCACAGAACAAAAAUCCCUGUCUCUAAAGUUCUGGUACGCCGGGUCAGUAACAGGGGCUUAGCAGGGACAACGGUGAAAACUGCUACAUACCAGGACAGUGCCAAAAAGUAGAGUAAGAGGUGGAGGCAAGGACAGACAGCAAGGCUGGUGUCUGAAAUACUGUGUAGGAGCCCACAGAUAAUGAAUUAGUUUUUCAUCACCUGAAGAAAGGCACCUAAACAGCUUACUUCACUGUAUUCCAUGGGUCUGCACUUCUGAGUCCCCUCUUACUUAGCUGUAUGGCUGAAUAUAAAAAGUCGACUUCUUUUCAAGCACUUUUUUUACAUUUGUACCUUUUCUCUGCAGCACUAA